CAUUCACAUGAGACUUUAAAUACACGAAUCUCUCACUAAUAACUAUAAGGUCUUCUCCUGAGUCGCUCACCACUGCUGCUGCUGCUCUGAUUUCUUCUAAUAUUCAGGGUACCAGAAGUUGUAACUAUGUCUGAGGGACCGAGAAAGCCAAAAUAUACAGCAACUCGCCGACUGCAUUUGAAGUCCAAACUGCUGAAGAAUGCAGCUUCUAUGCUGGUGGCUGAAAAUGAAGAGAAAAAACACGAGAAAGAAAGAGUUGUGAACGAGCGUUUCCCUCCACUGAAGCUCUCAGGUCUGUCCGUCCAGGAGCUGCAGGAUCUUUGUAAAGACCUACAUCGUAAGAUUGAUGUUGUAGAUGAAGUACGCUAUGAUAUGGAGGUUAAGGUAGCCAGAAGUGAGACUGAGAUCCAGACACUGAAUAACAAGAUUGUUGAGCUGAAGGGGGUAAAGCGGCCCAACUUGAAGAGGGUGAAGAAAACGACGGACGACAUGCUGGGUGCAUACACCGAAACCUCCAAACUCAUGAAGGCGGAUUUCAAGGUCAACCUGAAGACAGUGAAGAAAGAAGAUGACAAGAGGGAAGAAGUGACCGACUGGCGUAAGAACGUGGAGGCCAUGUCUGGUAUGGAGGGCAGGAAGAAGCUGUUCAAUGCCGGACAAUAAGAAGCUGCUCGUGUUAAACAAGACGAUGUUAACAACACAUUGAUUCUAAAGAAAAUUUUGAGUUUUCAGUGUUUAAUUGCUUUUAUAAUUAGAAAUGUAAAGUUUUUUUGUCUUUAUUUAAGAAUUAAUGUCCACACAGAAGAAGACUGAAACAGAACUGGUUUGUUGGUGUCAACAGAACAAAUAUUAAACAAAUGCACUUGAUUGAAUGUAAACCUGUAUAUAAAGACUGCCACUGUACGCCACUGUAAUAAUAUGAAUUUGCAUUGAAUACUGAAAUUGUGUAUUUGACUGAAGUAGGUUUGAUUUUUUUUUGAAGAGCAGUAUUCAUAUUAUACAGAUGAUGGUGCUGUCCCCCUAUCUGUAAUACAUGUGAUGCUGAUUAAACCAGCACAACGACA